ACGUUCACCGAAAUUUGAAAACACCAGUUAAGUUAGCUCAGAGGCUACAGGCGAAGCACUGGUCCGAGAUAAAGUUAGUGAUAUUUAUUUUAACGCCAAACACAAUGGACCUGUGUAACGAAGAGGAUAUCAAAAUGUACUUUUAUGAGAACAGACUGAAAACUUUCGAGGGGUGGCCGUUUGACGAAGACUGCUCGUGUACCCCGGAGAACAUGGCCAAAGCUGGCUUCAUUCACACCCCGUCAGAGAACAGCCCAGACAUCGCCAUGUGUUUCUUCUGCCUCAAAGAGCUGGAGGGCUGGGAGCCGGAGGACGACCCAGUAAAGGAGCACAAAUCUCAUGCGCCGUCCUGCCAGUUUAUUGCCUUGAAGAAGAAAGUAGAAGAGCUGACUGUGGAGGAAUUCUUCAAACUACAGAAGGAGAGGCACAAGUUCAUCAUUAACAAAUCCUGUAACGAGGCCAUCACCAGGUUUGAAGAGGCAGCCAAAUUGAGAAGAGCAGAUAUCAUCAAGACAGCCAUGGGAGAAGAGUGACACUAGAAUAGAUGCUGAUGAAUAAGAUGGGCGGCGUGUGAGAGAUUAAUUGUAGCUGAAAAUCCGCUGGCUGGUUUCUCCCUUAAGUCAUUUCCAUGUUCUCCUCAUAUGCCUUAAUGUUUUCUUUUUAAAACUGUAUAUCUGUCAUCUUUUAAUGUCUUUGUUUUUAUUCAUUAAACUUGUUCUUUUUGUUUA